UUGUUGUUUAUCUGAAAUUCACAUUUAACAGGGCAUCCUGAAUUUGAUCUGGCAACCCUAUCUUCCCAGAGCCCCCAUCUGUCCCUGUGCCUCCAGUGCUCCACCCCGCCUCUAAUCCUCCCUGGGAGCAGAGCACUGAGUGGGCAGAAUCUGCUCCCUUCCCUGGUCUGCACACAUCACCAGGGGCCACAGGGCAAGUGGACUCUCCCGAUGGCCUGCCCAGGACGUCUCCUGCAGGGCCUGACUGAAGAUGAGGACGUGCAAGCCAUGCUGCGGGGCUCCCGGCUCUGCAAGAUCCGCUCGAGAACGUGGCAAAAGGAGAGGCUGUACCGGCUGCAGGAGGAUGGCCUGAGCGUGUGGUUUCAGCGGCGCAUCCCGCGCGCACCAUCGCAACACAUCUUCUUCGUGCAGCACAUCGAGGCCGUCCGCGAGGGCCACCAGUCCGAGGGCCUUCGGCGCUUCGGGGGUGCCUUCGAGCCAGCGCGCUGCCUCACCAUCGCCUUCAAGGGGAGCCGCAAGAACUUGGACCUAGCAGCGCCGACGGCGGAGGAGGCCCAGCGCUGGGUGCGCGGGCUGGCCAAGCUGCGCAUGCGCCUUGAGGCCAUGAGCCAGCGCGAGCGCCUCGACCACUGGAUCCACUCCUAUCUGCACCGGGCAGACUCCAACCAGGACAGUAAGAUGAGCUUCAAGGAGAUCAAGAGCCUGCUCCGAAUGGUCAACGUGGACAUGAAUGACAUGUACGCCUACCGCCUCUUCAAGGAGUGUGACCACUCCAACAACGAGCGACUGGAGGGGACUGAGAUCGAGGAGUUUCUUCGGCGGCUGCUGAAACGCCCGGAGUUGGAGGACAUCUUCUAUCGGUACUCGGGCGAGGACCGUGUGCUUAGCGCCCCUGAGCUGCUGGAGUUCCUGGAGGACCAGGGUGAGGAUGGUGCCACGCUGGCCCGUGCCCAACAGCUCAUCCACACCUAUGAGCUCAACGAGACAGCCAAGCAACACGAGCUGAUGACACUGGAUGGCUUCAUGAUGUACCUGUUGUCACCUGAGGGGGCUGCCUUGGACCCGGCCCACACGUGCGUGUUCCAGGACAUGGACCAGCCCCUCGCCCACUACUUCAUCUCCUCCUCUCACAAUACCUAUCUGACUGACUCUCAGAUUGGGGGGCCCAGCAGCACUGAGGCCUACGUUAGGGCCUUUGCCCAGGGAUGCCGCUGUGUGGAACUGGACUGCUGGGAGGGGCCAGGAGGGGAGCCGGUCAUCUACCAUGGCCACACCCUCACCUCCAAGAUCCUCUUCCGAGAUGUGAUCCAGGCAGUGCGUGACCACGCCUUCAUGCUGUCCCCAUACCCCGUCAUCCUGUCCCUUGAGAACCACUGUGGGCUGGAGCAGCAGGCUGCCAUGGCCCGCCACCUCCGCACCAUCCUGGGGGACAUGCUGGUGACGCAGGUGCUGGACUCCCACAACCCUGAAGAGCUGCCGUCCCCAGAGCAGCUGAAAGGCCGGGUCCUGGUGAAAGGGAAGAAGCUGCCAGCUGCUCGGGAAGAGGAUGGUGGAAUUCUAUCAGACCGGGAGGAGGAGGAGGAGGAGGAGGAAGAGGAGGCGGGGGCCGCAGAGCAGAGGCGGCGGGCCAAGCAGAUCUCCCCGGAGCUGUCUGCCCUGGCAGUGUACUGCUGUGCCACCCGCCUGCGGACCCUGCGCCCGGCCCCGACCCCGCCCCAGCCCUGCCAGGUCAGCUCCCUCAGCGAGCGCAAGGCCAAGAAGCUCAUCCGAGAGGCAGGGAACAGCUUCGUCAGGCACAAUGCCCAACAACUGACCCGAGUCUACCCGCUGGGGCUGCGGAUGAACUCUGCCAACUACAGCCCCCAGGAGAUGUGGAACUCGGGCUGUCAGCUGGUGGCCCUGAACUUCCAGACGCCAGGUUAUGAGAUGGACCUCAAUGCUGGGCGCUUCCUCAUCAACGGGCAGUGUGGCUACGUCCUGAAACCCGCCUGUCUGCGGCAGCCCGACACAACCUUUGACCCCGAGAGUCCUGGACCCCCCAGAACCACCCUCACCAUCCAGGUGCUGACUGCACAGCAGCUGCCUAAGCUGAACGCUGAGAAGCCAAACUCCAUCGUGGACCCGCUGGUGCGCAUUGAGAUCCACGGGGUGCCCGCCGACUGUGCUCGCAAGGAGACCAACUACGUGCUCAACAAUGGCUUCAACCCCCGCUGGGGGCAGACCCUGCAGUUCCAGUUGCGGGCUCCGGAGCUGGUGCUGGUGCGGUUCGUGGUAGAAGAUUAUGAUUCCACCUCCCCCAAUGACUUUGUGGGCCAGUUUACGCUGCCUUUCAACAGCCUGAAGCAAGGGUUCCGCCACAUCCACCUGCUUUCCAAGGAUGGGGCCUCAUUGUCACCAGCCACGCUCUUUGUCCACAUCUGUAUCCAGCGCUUCUGAGGACACGGCUGACCCACCUCAGGUUCCACAGGUGCCAGUAUGCAUUCUGUGGUGGAGGCCCUCUCCUCCCCUGGAGUGGAGGGGUGAUGGGAGAGCCACCCCCUCCAGCCUGCCCACUCAGCCUGCAAGCCAGGCUCUGGUCUCUACUGGGUGCUGAGGGCUGCCUCGGCCCCUCCUGAAGAAUAGGCAGUUGAUCUCCUCCCUAGGCCUUGAGAUGGCCCCAGCAACCUGGGGCCUCAGCCCACCCAUUGUCACGUCAUGGCUUGUGAAGAACCAGGCCUGUUGCUGCCAGGAGACUUGGGGAGCAGGACACGUGAGUCCUUAGCCACUCUCUGCUCCACAGUGGGGCCAUCCCAGCCUCCUUCCCGCAAGGAGUCCAGCCGGCCCCUUGCCCCUGUCUCCAGGCAUUAGCCACCCACUAAGACCAUCCUUCCCCCUCCAGGGUUUCCUGGGCUCCUCCCUCCAGCUCGUGAACCUGUGCUCCCUUCCCUUGUUAAAGCAAGCAGGGAGAGGGCGGCAGGGGUCCUGGGGAAACCCAGAAGUCGGUUUUAUAACUUGUGUCAUAGAAGACCCCUGGAGAGGACAGUAGAAAAAGACUAUUUUAAAAAUAAAGAAGCAAGUUUAUUUUA